AAUCAUAUGAAAAGCGAAUAAGCAUUACAUACUUUGUGUGCCAUUAAAAAAAAAAUCAACACUUUAUAAAAUUGUAAUCAUACAGCAAGGAUUGAAUCAAAUAAUAGAAGAACAUCUAUUCAAAUAAAGGACUUUAGUAGUGGAAAAAAAGACACUAAAUUGUUGUAAAAAAAUUAAGUGGCAAAUGUAUAAGCAAUUCUUUAAAUUUCUAAAAGUUCUAAGACGUUGAUAAAAUAAAAAAGUAUAUUAAAAGCAUUAUAUAGGUGAUGAACAUCUAAAAAUAACGUAAUCAGGAAUUUAAAGAAAAUCUGUCAAAGAAAUAGAUGGUUAAUAGAAUCUCAAAGAGGGUGAUGUCUAUAAAACUAUUUCACCCAAAGUUGUGAUUAAUAAUGACAAAAUCAAUGUUUACUUUGUAAAGGAAGUCAGUAAAUACCAUAUAAAUACUGAAACAAAACCACCAAAAGAAGAAACAAUAAGCACUGAAAAUACUUUAAUUUUAUAAGAAAUUUAAUAAUAAAGGGUCUAUUUAAAAACAUCUUAAUAACAAAUUACAGCACCUGGAAAUAAAUAGAUGUUCUCUAACAUACCAAAAAGUAUGUUAAGUAAUCAUAAAAGUCUUUUAAAUUAAUCAGCUAGAAAAUUAUAAGAUAUUAAAAUUCAUAAAUGA